CCCUCCUCACUACAAAUAAUGAACCUGAGCGGAGUGCUGAGCAGCAGAGCCUCACGUGUCCCGCACUGUCAGUAGCAACAAGCAGGGGCGGCCGCAUCCGACGCCCCCCACACACCAGCAGCCCAGCAAGUGGAGGGACCUCAGCCUAUCUGUAUGCGGGGCUCUGGGACACGAACUCCGCACCGCACUCCCCGCAGCAUAGCGCUACAUUACUCUGGGAGAAGUUUGUGCGCAUGCGCAGGGGGACACCAGAUUCAAACAGCUGUUAGCUGAGGAAGCAGCUGCUCUCGGUACCAACUCUGCGCCCCACUGUCCGGGCAACUUCACCAGCUGCUACCAUGGUAGACAGGGGGCCCCUCCUCACAUCUGCCAUCAUCUUCUACCUGGCCAUAGGGGCUGCCAUAUUCCAAGUGCUGGAGGAGCCCAACUGGGAGAAAGCCACUGAACUUUAUAAAACUAACAAACUGAAGAUACUUGCUAGGCACAGCUGCCUGACCCUCAAUGAUCUGGAGGAUAUUCUGGAGACAGUAUCAGAAGCCGCCGGACAAGGAGUGACCAUUACCGGGAACCACACCUUCAAUAACUGGAACUGGCCGAACGCUGUCAUCUUCGCUGCUACGGUUAUCACAACAAUCGGUUAUGGCAAUAUCGCUCCAAAGACUUCCGCUGGGCGAGUGUUCUGUAUAUUUUAUGGCCUGUUUGGAGUUCCGCUCUGUUUGACUUGGAUCAGCGCACUGGGGAAGUUUUUCGGUGGUCGCGCAAAGAGACUAGGCCAGUUUCUGACCAAGAGGGGGGUCACCUUGAGAAAAGCACAGAUUACCUGCACAGCUAUAUUCAUAGUGUGGGGGGUACUCGUGCAUCUGGUCAUCCCUCCCCUUAUCUUCAUGAAAACUGAGAGCUGGACCUAUAUUGAAGGCCUUUAUUACUCUUUUAUCACCAUCACAACCAUAGGAUUUGGAGACUAUGUAGCUGGUGUGAAUCCAAAAAUGAGUUACAAUGUUCUAUACAGAUAUUUUGUAGAGAUUUGGAUCUACCUGGGACUUGCCUGGCUAUCUCUCUUUGUGAAUUGGAAGGUUAGCAUGUUUGUGGAAGUCCAUAAAGCAAUUAAGAAAAGAAGAAAAAGACGGAAAGAAUCCUUUGAAAAUGAUCCACGAGUUAAAAAGAACAAAGAACUUCCAAUGGUGAAUUCUAAGGAUAUAAAUAUCUUCAGCUUCCUCUCAAAAAAAGAGGAGACCUAUAACGACCUAAUAAAGCAAAUUGGUACAAAUGGUUUGAAACCCAGUAAUGGGAAAAUAUUAAAUGGGGAGGUAACAGCCAAUGGAACUACUCACAAGAAAAACAAAGAGAGCCUUGUUAUGUACAACAGACGCAAUAGUCUUGGCUAUGAUGAAGUGAAGCUUUCGUGCUGCUUUCAGAAGGAUAAUAAGAUGAGGUCCACUCAAGAGAAAGAGGCCACAAUAUUUAUAAACCCUUUAGACCGGAUUAGUGAGGAGGAAGGGGAACCCUGGGAAUCUAAAGAUUACAAACCUUUAAUAUUUGAGCAUGCAAACAUUACUUUUGUGCAGGAAGAGGAGGAAUGUGAUCUGUCUGAGGAAGAUGAGGAGAAAUCCAAGUCUUCUUUCGAGGAAAACAUGGAUGCCCCAGAGACUCCAACACACUUGGAUGAGUUCACCUGUCUAGACGAGACAUCUUUUUCCAGCAAUGACUCAGAGGUUUGUGUUCCAUAUGAACAACUCAUGAACGAUUACAAUAAAGUGAACAGUGGCCAACCUGAAACGUGAGCCAUAGCUCUGAUCUCUAUGCCGUGAUUGUAACACCUAAGGUGUAUUGGUUGAAAAUCUCUACCUGAUUUAUCUACUUUGUGUCUGAACCAAAAGGUUUGGUAUUCACCAAAGUACAGUGCAACCUUCAGAAGACUUGUUAUAACAAGAUGGCAACUCUACAGCUCAGUUUUUUUUGGGCACACUCCACUUCUAUAGAAAUAGGAGAUCAUACCAUUGUGUUUGUACACUGGACUUCUUUUAAUAUCAAGAAAGUUGCAACAUGCACAAUAUUCUCUGACUGAUCCUGGUUGCCUUUCAGAGGAUUUGAUUCUCAAAUAAUGUGCCUUAAAAUAAAAACUGUGGACGCAAUUCCUCUAGUGCCUCUCCAAUGUCCAUUUGUAUUUCCUGCUAAAAAUACUUGAAAAGAAUAGAGACUAUUGACUGUUUUUUACAGAUUGUGUUUUUUUAGUGACACAGUCUCCAUACUUAAUGUUUGAGUAUUGUAUACUGUAUUUAAAUACCAAGGCUUUAUGCAUGGAUAGACACAGAAGCCUUAGUAAUUACACCCUACAGAUCGCUCCAGUAUUUGCACAAUUGGUACUGUAUCUAAAAACUUGAACAUUAUUUUAUGUUAAUUUUUUUUUUUUCUUCAAUUAAAUCUUAAAUAUUUUAAAACAAGAAUUACUGGAAUGGUAAAUAGGGCGCAAUAUCUAUAGGACCUUGUUGUUUAUUUUUUUGUUUUGCAUUCAAAGUGCAUUUAUUUAUUAACAUUUCCUUUUUUAAUUUAAUUAUUUUUUUCCAGCAAGCAAGAACAUUCCAUUUUUUUUCUUGUAUUUGGUAAGAGGUUUGCAAGAAAAGAAAAAAAACUUGAGAAAAUUAAAUGACAAAUGGAUGUCGAGAACUGUUUUUCACCACAUAAUAAUUUUAAAAAAAACUCUUGUUUUUGACACAAGCUGAAAAUGUGUGAACAAGUUUUUUUUAUAUUUUUCACGUAAAGUAUGUGCUUGAACCGAAGAUACAAAAAAGGCCUAAAUAUUAGUGAACAGUUAAAAUAUUUUUUAACAGUAAUUUUAAACAUAUUUGGACACCACUGAUUCAAGAAAGUUGUCUUUUCUUUGUUUAGGUUUGUUGUAAAAGGACUCCAAAGAGAGCCAAAUUGAUGAAUUAUUUUUAUGGCCACUUCCGAAUUCCGAUAUUCAUCUAUUAUAGACGGUCUGUUCUAGACCUGUAUCAGUGUUGUCCAAUAUACUUUUUUAACAUGAUCUUUAAAAAAUAAAAAAAAAAUGGUUCAUUUCAGAAAAAUUCUACUUUUUGUAUCACUUUUUGGGUGUUGCUGCCUUAUUAGUGUACUGCAUAAAGAUAAGGUAAAACAAAACAAAAAACUCACCAAAUUCUAAAAUCUACUAUAUUGAGCUAAAAUCAGGUGAAAAAGUGGUAUUUUGUCUAAACAUAUUAAUACAGGCAUUGGCUAUUUCGGAUCCAUUCAAUAUUUUUAAACCAAGCUUGAAGGCAGUAUUCCAUUUUUAUUUAAAAAACAAACAGAUUCUAGGAGCUACACCUCAUUUAUUCUUGAGUUUUGCCCUGUAUUAGUACACCCAUAUCCCCACAAUUUUACAUUUGCUGACAUUUUUAAAUGUGAACUUUUAUGCUGCUAAUUCCAAUAGUGGGGCAGUUUUUUAUUUUUAGAUUAUUAUCUGUGGAAGUGUGAUUGGUUCAAGCUUUUAUGUGGAGAUAUAGAUAUAUAUUCUACUUUGCAAUGGCAUAUGAUGUGUUACAAGAUACCUGGCCUGCUGUAGAGAACAAAGUACUAUUUGAGGAUGUUCAAAUGUUGGGCUUUUGACAUUUGAAUAAUAGAACAAAUAAAUGUUCCCUUUUGAAAUUCAUUCUGCCUUUAGAUCAAAUGUAACAUUCAAAGAUUACAUUUGUUGAUUCCCAUAGAUUUAUAUCAGACUCUAAGGGCCUGAUAUUCAAAACCUCAGUGAGAUAUUCUAAGAAGUCUCGUCAGUACGGCAAGGUCCUU